GCUGAUGGUUGCUAGGGUUGAAGGCUUUUCCGCGUUCUGUGCUCUCCGUGUAUAUCAGUCGGUUAGCAGCACCUAUCCUCACCCCCGGUGACAGUUAUCGGAGAAUUAUGAAUCACGUCCAAGAGCCGGCAUGCCAGAAUCAGGAUGGAAGACAGGAGAAGGGCGCACAGACGGAAUGUAACGCCAGAGGACUGAGCCCUAGACUCUCAAAAGUAAACUUUUUCACUCUCCUUAGUCUGUGGAUGGAACUUUUUCCAAAUAAUGAACAAAAGACAAUUCAGCGACGAAGAAAUGGCCUGGUUGUGGUGCAUAAUUCAAAGAUUAUCGGCCUGCAUUGUUCAAGCACAGAGUUGCAUGCAGGCCAAAUUGCUGUUGUCAAACAUGGGUCAAAGUUGAAAGAUUGCGAUCUCUAUUUCUCAAGAAAACCAUGCUCAACCUGUUUAAAGAUGGUUUUAAAUGCUGGUGUUAAUCGCAUAUCGUACUGGCCUGGUGACCCCGAGAUAAGUCUAAUUGAUGACGAUGUAAUGGAUAAUUGCAAUUCAGAUGCAAAACUAGAUGCCAAAGCUGUGGAAAGACUCAAGUCCAACAGUCGCUCUCGUAUUUGCACCUUGCUUCAGCCUUUGGCUUAUAACAUGCUGCAGUUUGUGGAAGAAACCUCAAAAAAGUGUGAGUUUUUACAAAGCAAAGUCGCCCUGAACAGAGAUUGUAAACAUGAAGACUUUUUUACUGAGUGCAGAAGAAAUCGAUUACGGAAAUUUGAAGAAUUAUUCUUGAUAUCUAAUAGUGAAACUCACAAAAAAAUCUUGAAGACUAUUGGAUUAGAGAACGUGUGUGACGAUAUUCAUUUUACUAAUUUGAGGCAUAAAAUGGAGGAUCUUGUCUCUUUAUUAGCAACUGUUGACUGUAGUGUUCCAGAGUAUGGGAAGUUCCGAGUUUAUUGUGAUGAUUCGGACAAAGCAUGUGAUGAGCACGCAAACGAUGAAUUCCAAAAAUUUGCAAGACAUUGCAUGGUUCAAGCCAGAUUAUUGGCAUAUCGGACAGAGGAUCAAAAGAUCGGUGUUGGAGCAGUGAUCUGGGCAGAAGGAAAGACGAAUAGUUGUGAUGGAACAGGAGCCAUGUAUCUAAUAGGAUGUGGUUAUAAUGCCUAUCCAAUGGGAUCUGAAUAUGCAGAUUACCCUCAGAUGGACGAGAAGCAGCAGAAAGACAGAGAGGCCAGGAAGUUUCGGUACAUUGUACAUGCUGAACAAAAUGCCUUAACCUUCCGAUGUCAAGAUAUUAAAGACGAUGAAAAAACAAUGAUUUUUGUUACCAAAUGUCCAUGUGAUGAAUGCGUACCUUUAAUAAACAAUGCUGGUAUCAAACAGAUAUACACAGGUGACCUCGAUGCUGGCAAAGUGAAGGCAGAUAUAUCCUAUCAGAAAUUCUCUGGUUUGCAAGGAGUGAGAAAAUUUACAUGGCAGGAAGCUCCAGCCAAUAGUGUUAUAACUUCAAGUGUCCGAACCACUCACAAAAACCGAGGUCCAACUAAAUCUUUAAGUCCCCAGAACAGCCUCUCUACAGAGAUAACAAACACUGCCAUCAUUAGUCCAAUUGGCUCCACCACAGAAUCUGCAUCUACUUAUAAAUCAUUGGUACUGGAGGGCACGGAAAUUAUGGAAGACCCCCAAUCUCCCUUGGCCAAAGGUGAUUUGAAGAGACCACUCAUAACUCCUAGAUCUGAAUCCCAAAAGGAGGGGCUACUAAAUUUGGAGAUCAAUGAACCAGCUUUCAAAAGAAGGGUGGUGGAGCAACAGUGCUAUCUACAAAGUCUACUAACUUCAGUGCAAAUGAUGAAUGAAACUGUGGAUAGGAUGAUGAUGACCAUGUCAAAUCUGAAUAGCUCCUUGUCUGAUGUCCAAAACUUGCUUAAUCAAAAACUGGCUGCUUUGCAGACUACCAGGGAGGAGGCUUCACCUCAGAUAGUAUCAGUGGUUGAAAACUCUUUUACUCAGGGACUGUGCAACAUAGGAGCAUCACAUCAAAAUUCCCUGACUGCAGUUAUAUCUGAUGUGGGUUCCAAGGUGCAAGAAAGCUUGCAAAUGGGAUUUGAAAGCCUUGGGGAUAAAAUACAGUCAACCAUGAGAGAGGGUUAUGCUAAUCUGAUAAAUGAGCAUGUCUGUGCACACCAAAACCUAUGUGACAAAUAUAAAACAGCCUUGUCAACUAGAGGGCUAAAUAACUCGUCACAAGAGUUUGGAACUCAUGAUGGCAGCCAGUUGCACCAUCCCAGCCAGCUUUCACCUGGUUCCUCACUAGAAAGCAGGAAUCCUGCCAUAGAGGUACAAGUAUCUGGAGGCAUGAAAAUCUAGGGAUGUUAAAGUAAAAAACAUCUAAAGGAUUUCCUUUUGUGAAGAAUAUUUGGGGUACAGAAUAAACUCCGAGAAUGUUAUUGAAGUAAACAAACUACGCAUAGCUGACGUGCAAUACUAAUGAAGACAUUACCCUACACUUCAGCAAGGACAGCACACUAUAUGGGGCAUCAUUGUUUUAACACACAUUUUAAUUCUGUUCAAAUCAUUGACAAAGAUCACAUUCUAGUUUAUUCAUGUUUCCUUUACACAGUAGCUUUUCCAGUUACCAUGUUACUUAUCAUUGAUUUAUUUUGGUGCCUUCACAGGCCUAUUAUCUUUAUACGAGGCAGCAUUUCCUGUCACCAGACCAACAGGUGGCCAAUAUAAAAGCAUGUCCAAGCUUGGUACCUUAUUUUGCCAAAUUUAUUAGUCUAUUUAACAAUCUGAGCUUUAAUCUUCACUGUAGCACUACAUCAGUAUAUGGAUAGCAAUGGUGGGUACUUAAUGGGAUGACUUUUGUAUGUCAAACUGACCUUGGCCUCUUUAUAUUUCCUGAUAAUUUUCCAAUAGUUAGGCACGGUUUGAAACUUUGUAGAAUAGUUCAAGAAAAAAAGUUGCUGUUUUAUGCUGUUUAAUCAAGUCAAGGACAACUCUAAAGUUUGAUAUUCAAGAGUUCUCUACUUCUGUCCAUUUAUACGUGGGUGGUAAAAUGAUUCUCUGGUGUCUCGAUGCUUCAGUACUUUGCUAGUUAACUACCCAAUGCUGUUGACAGACAAAAGGGCAAUUUUGCCGAUUUCACCUUCCUUCAUGGCUUCCAUUUAAAACAUUCCAUUAUGCAUGUGUUUUUGAAGUAUGGGAGAUCUAGUGUGAAGUGUUGAAGUAAGUUACAGGAAGUGAUAAGGUAGAUAAAGAGAAGAGAAAUUAUUUCCUGAUAUAAUCAGAGAAGGGAGGCUGGGCCAGUUAGGGAUGAUGUCAGGAAAUACUUUUUCAGACUUGUAGAAAGCUGGAAAUCUCUCCAGUAUCACUAACCCCGACUCCUCAUUCCCCUACACCACCAUUUCAAAACAGAGUUUAAUAGAUUUUUCACAUGCAAGGUCAAUGAGGGUUAUGUGGAAUUGUGGCAGUGAUAUGCAAUUAUGGCAGACUAAUGAAGUUACAAGAUAAUUGAAUGAUAUAGAACUGUUUUGAGAGACUGACUCACCUAUGUUUGAGGUUAUCAGCAAUUUCACUACAGGGUAUAUACAUGGAUGCAUGCAUGUUAGGAUACAAUUCACAACUGAAGGGUUGACCAGGGGCAGGGGGGCUACAUUCAAUUACCACCUAAGCUGGAGGGUUGUCAUGACAUCUCUGAACAGUUUGAUUAAAAAUAUCUACAUAUCACAAUUGCCCUUUCCUAUUAACAACUUAUUUUGGACCUUGAAUGGUUCUAGCAAACUGGCUGAUUGAUAUGGAAUGGUAUUUAACCUUCAUUAGAAUUUCUGUAUCUGAGCGGUGUUAAAAUGUUAUGCUCUUAGGCUAUGCUCUCUAGCUGUUAUACUCCUUUGUGCUCUAUGCAAAAUAGGCUGAAUCACUUCCUCCUAUAUGCUUUGAAUUUUCUUUGGCUCUGUCAUAAAGUACCCAAGUAUUCAGUACCUACAAUACUAAAUUGAUCUUGUGACAGACUGCACAGUUGUGAUUAUUUGAAAAGUAAUAAAGUGGAAGGUUUAAAUUUCAAAUGUUCUACAGUUUUAUUUUGUAAAGCUAAAUUUGGAAAUUUGAGCCACCAUUGAGGAUGAGAAAGGGAUAUAAUACUGAUGCACCCCCAUACAGCUUCAUAAGCAACUGUGAAAUAAUGAAGCCACAGAUAUCACAGAAUUAAAUUUACAAAGCAUCAAGUAAAUAAAUAAGUAACACUGGAUGUUGUAAAAUUAAAUAGAGAAGUGACCAGCAAUUUUAAUUUAUUUCAAGGCAGAACUUAAAAAAAAAACCCAGGAAAUUGUAGUGAGUCAGUGCCACAGUUUUAAAAUUGAAAGGCAAGAGACCUAUUUGAAUCAAACAUUUAUGCUUCACAAAGCUAUAGCAAAGUCAGUUAGAGCACAGAUUAUUUUGAUCUGCAAUAUUAUCAUCCUUCCUAUUUAAUGUUUCUAUUGCAAUGCCGAAGCACUAGGCCUUUAUUAACUCAAAUUAAAAAGGGCCAGCUGCUGCUUAACUUUUGUUUAAAGUGAUGUCACUGAACUAGGUAUCCAGAACCCCAAACUGUCGAUCUAGGUAUAGGGGUUUGAAUCUCAGAUUGUGAAAUUUUAUUCAAUGAAACUCUAGAAUUAAAAACUAGCUUACUGGUGACCAUAUUACCAUUGUCAAUUGUUAUUAAAAACCCAACUGGUUCACCAAGUUACUCCAGAUAUAGUGAGACUUAACUGCUCUGAGUAAUUAAAGAUGAAUAGUAAAUACUAUCAAAGCCCACAACACUACAUGCCAUGAAUUCAUUAAAAAAAAGGAUUUCCAAAAGUCUCAAGUAUAAUUCAUUUUGAGUUCUGAGUGUGGAACAAAAGGUAAAACCUCACUGUCAAAGCUAGAUUUAGGCUAAAGCAACAAGAGAUUAUUAGGUUUUCAAGAAGACAUUGGUAAUAAAAAAGAUAUCUACAGCCACUCAACAUAAUUGUUUUGUUUGUCACUGUUUGCCAAAAAUAAUUCAAAAUGCAUCAGCAAAUAAGAAGCAUCCAUUUCUUGGUGAAAACCAUAUUCGAGGAGAUUGAGUGAGUACAGUGCAAAGCUUUAUUUCUUUUUAUUAGAUUUUCUAAUAGCAUUUACUGUCUAACUUCUCCCAUAAAUACACAGUUGGAAUACAGCUACAUCAGGGUAAUAUGUACCUUGCACCAUUAUGACCGAGUCAAGAGAUUGGAGGUUCACGUUGCACUCCAGAGAUCUCAGCACACAAAAUAGGCUGUGCAACACUUGGAACGCUGCAUUGCCACAGGCAUCUUCUAUUAGAGAAGAUGCUGAAUCAGGAAUCCAUUUUUUGUUUCAAGUAGAUGCAAAAAAAAUUUCAUGAAGCAGCAUUGGUGAGGGAAAGGGGUGGGUGUUGCAAAUGGAAUCCUCUUUUGUCCUGGAUAAAUAUUUAUUCCUCAAUAUUCUAUAAUAAAAUUAUCUGGUCAUUACAGUUCUAUUUGUUACCUCUCUAUCAGGAAGUCUACUGAAAAGAAAUAAAGCUUUACACUGUCCUCACUCAGUCUCCAUAGAACAUGGUUUUAACCAGGAGAUUGAUGCUUUACAUUUGCUGUGGCUUUUUGAACAGUUUCUGGCAAACAGUAGCACACAAAACAAUUAUGUUGAAUGGCUGUUAAUUUUUUUUUUAAAUGAUCAAUGGCUUCUUUUCUGCUGUUAUCAGGUCCAUUCAGAAGUCUCUCUGUUUUUGUGUACUUUUUUGCAAUCAUAACUUUGUAUUCCUCUUUGUUCUAUCACCCUAUGAUCUUUGUAUGGUAUGAUCUGCCUGUACUGCACACAAAACAAAACCUUUCACUGUACCUAGGCACGUGACAAUAAUAAA